GAGUGAGCGUGAAUGAUGAAUAUUGAACAGCUGCUGUGGCAUGGGGAGCUGGAGAGCCUCUAGUAAUGGAAGAUGUAAAAGUGGAUCCUCCUCAAAGAUUGGAAGUGAGAAUUCGAAUCCUCUUCACUUCCAUCUGUCACACUGAUCUCAGCGCAUGGAAAGGCGAGAACGAGGCUCAGCGAGCAUACCCUCGAAUCCUUGGCCAUGAGGCAGCAGGGAUAGUGGAGAGCGUAGGGGAAGGUGUGGAAGAGAUGAUGGCAGGAGAUCAUGUGCUCCCUAUUUUCACAGGAGAGUGUGGAGACUGCAGAGUGUGCAAGCGAGACGGAGCCAAUCUGUGCGAGAGAUUCCGAGUGGAUCCGAUGAAGAAGGUGAUGGUAACCGAUGGAAAGACCAGAUUCUUCACCAGCAAAGACAACAAACCAAUCUACCAUUUUCUCAACACAUCCACCUUCUCCGAGUACACGGUCAUAGACUCGGCCUGCGUGCUCAAGGUGGACCCUCUGUUUCCUCUGGAGAAGAUAAGCCUCCUCAGCUGCGGUGUCUCCACUGGAGUCGGUGCGGCGUGGAAUGUGGCUGAUAUUCAACCUGCCUCCACCGUCGCUAUUUUUGGACUUGGCGCUGUUGGACUUGCCGUGGCUGAAGGUGCAAGAGCCAGAGGAGCCUCUAAAAUCAUUGGGAUCGACAUCAACCCUGACAAGUUCCAACUAGGCAGAGAAGCAGGGAUUAGUGAAUUCAUAAAUCCAAAGGAGAGUGACAAGGCAGUUCAUGAGAGAGUAAUGGAGAUAACAGAGGGAGGAGUGGAGUACAGCUUCGAGUGUGCAGGAAGUAUAGAAGCACUUAGAGAAGCCUUUCUGUCUACAAACUCAGGAGUGGGAGUGACUGUCAUGCUGGGCGUUCACGCAAGCCCACAGCUUCUCCCUAUCCAUCCCAUGGAGCUCUUCCAAGGCAGAUCCAUCACCGCCUCUGUUUUCGGAGGCUUCAAACCCAAAACCCAAUUACCCUUUUUCAUCACCCAGUGCCUCCAAGGUCUUCUCAAUCUCGAUCUCUUCAUCUCUCACCAGCUUCCCUUCCACGAUAUCAACGAAGCCAUGCAGCUGCUUCACCAAGGCAAAGCUCUUCGUUGCCUUCUCCACCUCUAAACUGAACAAACAUCUUUUACAUUUUCCAAAUCCGUUUGAUUGAUUGUUCUACUGCUUUUAGAGUUUCCUUAUUGGGUCUGGUCCACCCCCAUACUAAAAUAAAAGUUGGAAAUGUUUUCUCCAACUUGCUACUUACAGCUACAAAACACACAAGUUAUAUCGAUUUCUUGCAUUAGUCUUUCGAUAUAGUUCAGUCGACAUGAAUAUGAAAGAUGCGAAACCCUGAACUCUUUUCCUUC